AUGCUUCUUACGAGCCCAUCAGCACCAGUCUUGAACUCUUGGAUACCUCACUCAAAAGACUCAUCAUCACCAGAACUAGAGCCACUACUCCACCUUCAAAGAACCAAAUCAGUCUCCUUAACCUGUUCUUUUCUUCUUCUUCUUCUUCUUCACCCACUCAUGAGUCAACAAACAGAUCAUUCCAUCCCAUCUCCAUAUCAAAAUCACAACAUCCACCAAAACAACAAGAGGAGCCCCAUAUCGAAAAUCAAAGCUAAAAAAUCCCAGGAAGAGCAAAAGGGGAACGGCAAAAUCGAUUCAGGAUCGUCAUCCACGAUCCAGAGAUUGUUGUCCUGCUCUGGUUUGGGAUGUAAAGUCACGAGUGAAGAAAGGUGCUCUAUGGAGAACGAAGAGAGGGUUUUGCAGACGCUUGUGACGGGUGACAGAGUUGGCAGAAACGGUGGCCGGAUUGGGGGUGGAGCCGGCGAUGGGAGAGGAUCUGGCGGUGGAGAUGGUGAUGACAGUAGUGGGGGGUCGGGCUUCUUUUGA